AUGAGCAUUCACACGCGUAGCGGGAUGGAUUAUAGCAGUUUUUUAAAGGCGACCGCUUACAUUGAAGAAUAUCAAAAGCGGCAAAUGAUUCAGGAGAACAAUUCAUCGCCAUCCACUUCGAAUUUUCCGUCCAACACGGAUAUAAAUCAAUUAAUGGCAAAUGUGCGCGAAUUUAUGGCCGAACAACGCAAAUUGAACGAGAAAGUCGAGCAUUUUCUAACAACUCAACAAGCUAUCAAUACGCUUGUUCUCGAUAAAAUGACGAAAUGCAAAUGCAUCGGAAUGGACGCGAUUCCCGAUCAUUUGCGCUCGAAUUUCACGACGGGAACAUUCUGUGAUAUGCCACCGGUGCCGGUAUUCAAUCUAACCAUUCCGCCAAAUUAUCAGAAUGAUGCUCCAUCCUCGCAAAUCGACGUUGAGCUUCUCAAAAUGCAUCAGCUCAUCGAGCAAAAAGAUUCGUCGGAUUCGGUGAAGGUUGAGGUCGAGGAGAAGCCAACAACGUCCAACUUUGAUAAUACUGUUAGCGAUUUAUUAAUAGGAAACGAUAUGAAAUGGAAUCGAUCGAAAAAGAGUUAUAAGUGUUCCGAAUGCGAUAAGGUGUUCCGCGAGAAGCAUGGCUUGAAGCAGCACCAAUUGAUUCAUGAUUCCAGCGGCGCGUUCUUCUGCGAUAUUUGCGGAAAACGGUAUACAAGACAAGAAAGCGUCAACCGACAUAAACGAACGUCGCAGUGUCACAAAAACGUCGUUAUGAAUGAUUCAAACUCGAUGGCUUCUUCGUCUCAUCCAAUGACUAUGAUAUUCAACUCAAACUCAUCGCAAAAUUUUCAAAUGUAA